AACCAAUUCUCCAGUACUCGUUACAGCUGAACCUGGAAGCUCUGCCUAGCUGCACUCACGCCUAGUCGGCCCCUCGACGGCACGUACCUCGUCGUUUGGUUUUCGGUGGUUAUAGAUCGGACGGCUCGUUGUUAGUAAACAAGAAAUACUAGCUGGUGUAGAUGCACGAUGCGGCGAACAGACUGACAUCGCCGACGGACUCUUUUAGCGGACGAUGUCAGGAUUGCGAUUAAACCUGCAGGCCAUUAAGGAGCCGUUGGGGUUCAUCAAAGCCCUGGAGUGGCUGACUGCAAUUUUCGCAUUUGCAAGCUGUGGCGGAUAUAGUGGUACAAGCAUAGUAACCCUUUUUUGCAAAGAUGGCAAGAAUGAAACGCUGAAAUUCGCCUUCAGUUACCCCUUCAGGUUGAGCCACACGCUGCUCGUGAAGAACAACACGUCACUUUGCAACGUCACCGUACCUGAAACUCACCUGGUGGGAAGCUCUGUGUCUUCGUCCCAGUUCUUCGUGACCGUCGCUGUCCUCAACUUUUUUUACUGCAUGGCGGCGCUGGUGCUCUACCUGGGGUACAUGCACGUCUACAGGAACUCCAACUUCGUGCCCAAGAUGGAUUUCCUGAUGACCACGAUCUUUGCCGUCUUCUGGCUCACAUGCACUUCGGCGUGGGCCAAGGGGCUGCAGAACCUUAAGUAUGCCACGGGCACUGUCGGCAUAGUGGCCACGCUGGCUGUGUGUCGGGAGGAAGGCGUGGCCUGUGAAGUUACGGAGCUUGCCAGCAUGCGCAGCCUCAAUGUGUCUGUGAUCUUCGGCUUCCUUGGCCUGAUCUUAUGGGUCAGUAAUGCAUGGUUUGUCUACAAGGAGACCCGCUGGCAUACCAUGAGGUACACCGCCCAUCCGGGGCAAGCCCCCAGGUCCAUCUAACCGCUGCCCCAGAACCUGCUCCAUGGCCUCCUGAAUGUGGAAGGUCCUGGCCUUGUGUUGCUGGAUUGCUGGUUGUUCCUCCUGGGAGCGUCUCUGAACAAAGAGGCCUAUCAUUCUACUUGCCCGUUCUGUGACGGCUAACCGACGUAAUAUGUUCUUUUGUAUUGCUGUUUCUCUCUCAUAUUCAACAUUGUUGUUACUCAGUUCCCCGUUAUUCCUUUUAUUCCGUUUUGUAAAUCUGGUUUAAUGUUUGUUUGGGAGCUCUGUAAACACUCAGUUAUGUUUUUGAGACUGAGCCCCUCUCUGUAACACUGCAGGAGUAUGUUCUGACCUGAAGCAAGAGAAAAGUAACACAAUUAAUUUGUUAUGGAUUAGAAGUUAAUCUGUUUAGUGAAUGAAACACGGAGACUGCAACACUGUUUCUGGUUUGGUCUUGAGCAGUAUGAAUCCUUGUGGCUUCUGUAUAUGUUAAGGCUUAAUAUGUUACACAUUUUGGCAUUGUUCCCCGAAAACCAGCGUUCCUGAGUUCCUUUUGAUUAAAGUCCUUUGAAUUGUACUUUGCGUUCUAACAUUGAUUAAGUGAUUUGGUGCAUGCAGUAUGAGCGCACGGCUGUAGAUACGGAAAAGGACAAUUGAUGCUAAAAAACUCCCAGCCCUACAAGCUGGUAAACGACAGCCACUGUGCGCUCAUUGUCAUGUUAUAUGUAUUUUCUAAAUGCCUCUGCUCAUGGGCAGCACACUUCCAAAUAAGCAAGUCUUUUUUUCCCAAACUGGACAAACUAGAAACUUCAGCCAGUUGUGUCAUCCUUGGUGCUACCAGUGGAGGAUGGUGUGGAAUUGCCCCCUGCAGCUUGUUUUUACUCCAUGUAUAGACAAGCACAAUCAGUGGAGACCCCCCCCCCUACCAGUGACUGUAGCAGAGUGUGCAUCCUGACAGGUUCCUCUCUUUACCGUGUGUAUUUUAGUAUGUCUAUAGCACAGACCGAACGUUGGUUGCAACCAUUCUACCACAAUUCAUGUACAGAGAAAUAUAUUGCUUACUGUCCUUUUAAAUAUUUGUUGAUUAAACUAUGAAUGUGAUCUUGUAUAAAAGCAGUUAAACAUG